AAAAAAAAAAACCAAGCUCUGCUUGUAGAUUAAUGGCAGGACAAUACAGCUACUACUAAAAGCUCCAAGAGUGGCACAAAUGUUCUAAAGAACAAAUAAUGGUGCCUCAAUUUCUUCGUUUCAUUCCCUCUUUCUCUCGUAGCCUUUCUUUUUCCCCUUUGUGCAAACCCCAGAAUGGAAUUGCUUGGAGAAGGAUGUUGAGUGCUUAUGCAUCUUCAGCAGAAGGUGAAUUUGAUGAAAUCCAAGAUGACACCAAAACGGCAGAGAAAGCAACUGCACUGCAUUCGGCGCUCUCACAGCUUGAAGGCGAUUUUUGCAAAGAAUCAAUGUUGUCGUUGCAGCGAUUCUUUGGUGCUAGACGUGCUUCUGCAAUACCUACUGGCUCAUUGAGGCUUGAUCUAGCACUUGGGGUUGGAGGACUACCCAAGGGAAGAAUUGUUGAAAUUUAUGGACAAGAAGCAUCUGGGAAGACAACACUUGCCCUUCAUGUAAUUAGAGAGGCUCAAAAGCUUGGAGGUUAUUGUGCAUAUCUGGAUGUCGAAAACGGAAUGAACCCCUCUAUUGCCGAAGCAAUAGGGGUUAAUGUAGAAAAUCUCCUUAUUUCACAGCCAGAUUCUGCUGAGAAUUUACUGAGUAUUGUCAAUACCCUGACAAAAAGUGGAUCCAUGGAUGUAAUCGUGGUCGAUAGUGUGGCAGCUCUUGUUCCCCAACUUGAGCUUGAUGCUACUUUAUGUGACUCUCCUAAAGGCUUGCAAUCAAAGAUUAUGACACAAGCACUACGUAAAAUUCAUUAUUCGUUAUGCAACUCUAGCACACUAAUUAUUUUCAUUAAUCAGGUAAGAAGAUCUGACAAAGGAUUAGUUCGAGGCUCCGGGCAUAUGGACGAAGUAACUUGUGGUGGAAAUGCUUUACCUUUUUAUGCUGCCGUACGGCUUAAAAUGAUUAGAAAACAAUUGCUUACGACCAGGGAUAAGAUUACUGGUCUUGGGAUCUGUGUAAAAGUGGUUAAAAAUAAGCUAGCUCCUGCAGCAACAGAAGCUGAACUGAGGAUACAGUACGGCAGAGGCUUUUGCAUCGAGUCUGAGGUUUUGGAAUUGGCUUGUGAACAUGAAGUCAUUCUGAAAGGAGGAGGGAGCUACUUCAUAGAUGGACAGGUUUUAAAUAGUAGACAGGAUGCUGAAGAUUAUCUAGCUUCCAAUGGUGACAUUUUAGAUAAGAUAGUCGAAACUUUAAGAAAUCAGCUAUUUGUGAAAAAUACUGGAGGUAAAAAAACUGAUUAGAUAAUCAUUUUCUGGUUCAAAUCAACUC